AAGGGACUUCCGGGAGAUCUAGGAAGUGGCUUCUCUUUCUGGCAGGAGGCGGGGUUCUCCCCGCACGCUGCGGAGUCUCUGCGGGUGUAGACCGGAAUCCUGCUGACGGGCAGAGUGAAUCAGGGAGGGAGGGUCGGGACACGGAGGCUGCAGGUCUGAGGCGAGGCUGCUCCGAUGUAGUAGCUCUCUUGCCUGGAGGUGGCCAUUCAUUCCUGGAGUGCUGCUGAGGAGCGAGGGCCCCUCUGGGGCCUCAAGGAUAGACCUCUUGCGCUUACCCCGGGCUGCGGCCGGCCUUCUCAGAGAGGAGGGCGUCCUUCUACCCCGCGGCGCAGGUGACCGCUGCUGCCAUGGCUUUUCCCCAUCGGCUAGACGCCCCUGAGCUGCCUGAUUUCUCCAUGCUCAAGAGGCUGGCUCGAGACCAGCUCAUCUAUCUGCUGGAGCAGCUUCCUGGAAAAAAGGAUUUAUUCAUUGAGGCAGAUCUCAUGAGCCCUUUGGAUCGAAUUGCCAAUGUCUCCAUUCUGAAGCAACACGAAGUAGACAAGCUAUACAAGGUGGAGAACAAGCCAGUCCUCAGCUCCAAUGAACAAUUGUGCUUCUUGGUCAGACCCCGUAUCAAGAAUAUGCGAUACAUUGCCAGUCUUGUCAAUGCUGACAAAGUGGCUGGCCGAACUCGCAAAUACAAAGUGAUCUUCAGCCCCCAGAAGUUUUAUGCAUGUGAGAUGGUGCUUGAAGAAGAGGGAAUCUAUGGAGAUGUGAGCUGCGAUGAAUGGGCCUUCUCUCUACUGCCUCUUGAUGUGGAUCUGCUGAGCAUGGAACUACCAGAAUUUUUCAGGGAUUACUUUCUGGAAGGAGAUCAGCGUUGGAUCAACACUGUGGCUCAGGCCUUGCACCUUCUCAGCACUCUGUAUGGACCCUUUCCAAAUUGCUAUGGAAUUGGCAGAUGUGCCAAGAUGGCUUAUGAAUUGUGGAGGAAACUGGAGGAGGAGGAGGAUGGUGAAACCAAGGGCCGAAGGCCAGAGAUUGGACAUAUCUUUCUCUUGGACAGAGAUGUGGACUUUGUGACAGCACUUUGCUCCCAAGUGGUUUACGAGGGCCUAGUGGAUGACACCUUCCGCAUCAAGUGUGGGAGUGUCGACUUUGGCCCAGAAGUCACAUCCUCUGACAAGAGCCUGAAGGUGCUCCUCAAUGCCGAGGACAAGGUGUUCCAUGAGAUUCGAAACGAGCACUUCUCCAACGUCUUUGGCUUCUUGAGCCAGAAGGCCCGGAACUUGCAGGCGCAGUAUGAUCGCCGGAGAGGCAUGGACAUCAAGCAGAUGAAGAACUUUGUGUCCCAGGAGCUCAAGGGCCUGAAACAGGAGCACCGCCUGCUGAGUCUCCAUAUUGGGGCCUGUGAAUCCAUCAUGAAGAAGAAAACCAAGCAGGAUUUCCAGGAGCUCAUCAAGACUGAGCAUGCACUACUAGAGGGAUUCAACAUCCGGGAGAGCACCAGCUACAUCGAGGAGCACAUAGAUCGGCAGGUGUCGCCUAUAGAAAGCCUGCGCCUCAUGUGCCUUUUGUCCAUCACUGAGAAUGGUUUGAUCCCCAAGGAUUACCGGUCUCUCAAAACACAGUAUCUGCAGAGCUAUGGCCCUGAGCACCUGCUAACCUUCUCCAAUCUGCGACGAGCUGGGCUCCUAACAGAGCAGGGCCCCGGAGACACCCUCACAGCCGUGGAGAGUAAAGUGAGCAAGCUGGUGACUGACAAGGCUGCAGGAAAAAUUACUGAUGCCUUCAGUUCUCUGGCCAAGAGGAGCAAUUUUCGUGCCAUCAGCAAAAAGCUGAAUUUGAUUCCACGCGUGGACGGUGAGUAUGAUCUGAAAGUGCCCCGAGACAUGGCUUACGUCUUCAGUGGUGCUUACGUGCCCCUGAGCUGCCGAAUCAUUGAGCAGGUGCUGGAGCGGCGAAGCUGGCAGGGCCUUGAUGAGGUGGUACGGCUGCUCAACUGUGGUGACUUUGCAUUCACAGACAUGACCAAGGAAGACAAGGCUUCCAGUGAGUCCCUGCGCCUCAUCUUGGUGGUGUUCUUGGGCGGGUGCACAUUCUCUGAGAUCUCAGCCCUCCGCUUCCUGGGCAGAGAGAAAGGCUACAGGUUCAUUUUCCUGACGACAGCAGUCACAAACAGUGCUCGCCUGAUGGAGGCCAUGAGUGAGGUGAAAGCCUGAUGUUUUUCCCGGCCAGUGUUGACAUCUUCUCUGGACACAUUCCCCAGUGGGAUGGAGGCUAUAACCAAGUGGGGAGUAUGGAACACGUUGGGAUUUAGAGAACAUAUCUAAGAAGAGAGUUCACUUCCUGCUCUCAGGACAGUUCUCUUUUCUGUUCAUGAAGUACAACCCAUGCUGCUAAGAUAACAAGCAGGGAGAGGUAGCCUUUGCUAAAUCCUGUUUGAAUAUCCUUGUAAAUAAAGCCUCUGCUCUCAGAUGUAA